CUGGCAUUUAUUUUGUGCGUGUUUCUUUUUAGAUUAAUUUAAGGGCUGAGUUAAUAUUGACAGUUAACGAGGAAGUCAAUGUAGUUCAUUUGGUCGGUUAUCUGCUGUCUUAAAGUUAGUAAUACAUUUAAUAAAACGGCUUUUAUCAAGUAUGAAAAUGUGUAAAAUAUCCAAUUUUGUGUAUAUAUAAUUUGUAAAGGAAAUUGUUACAAUUAAAAUGGUUGUUUUUCCAUAUAACAUAAGAAUGCUAAUUCCUGAGUGAUCAAACUGAUUAGAAUUGUACAUGCAUGCAUAGUACAGCUGCCCAUCUCAGACGUAAUUGGGGCGGUGUGUGGCUCAGCAUGUUAGGACUCUGCUUCUGAUCAGAAAUUAACAGUUUGGAAUUCCAGCACUGACAGUCUAAUAGCAGCAGUGGGCCCCUGAGCAAGGCCCUUGACCCUCAGUUGCUCCAGGGGCACAGGGCACUGUCUGAACCUGUGCUGUUGGCCAAGCUAUGGGCAGCAAGAUGGGAUAGGGAAAGAGAAGAACUUCUGUACUUGUGCAAACGGCAAAUAUAGGAUUUAUUUUUAUUUAUUUACAGUUUGCAGUAAAGUGCUGCUGCUUGCUGAACAGUGUCUAUUGAUUGAGUUGAUAUAGGUACCGUCUCUCUCUCUCUCACACACACACACACACAUAUACAUAUAUAAUGUAAAGGAUAAUUUAUCUAUAUAUAACCUUCGUAGGUGUUCUUGGUAUUACACCUACAAUGAACUUGUUUGAGUAAAAUGGGGUUAACCACACAUGAUGUUCAAAUAAGUGGUGGAAAAUCUAAAUGUUUAAAAAAUGAUGUUGUCUUUGGUGCUGGUGAGGUAUAUUGUGCUUUAGCUGUUUAUUUUUAAGUUGAAGGAGUACCAGUUAUAAGUUGUUGUGCAUUUUUGUUCCAUUGAGGACUGUGUGUGCAUGUGUGUGUUUGUUCAGGUAUAUAUGACAUUGUAGGGGCCAAAUGUCCCCACAGUGUGAUAAAAAACUUGUUACAUGGACCUUUUGGGGACAUCUGUGAGUGCAGUCAAAAAGCUAAAAUAGCCGUAAGACUUGCAUUUUGUUUGGUUACUUAUGGUUAAGGCUAGGGCUGGGUAGAGGUCAGACUUGUCAUAGUUGGUAUUAGGGUUAUGCUCAGAGAAAUAAAUGGAGAAUCAGAACCAGAAAGGGUAUUUGUACGAUAAUGCUCUGACCCAGUUGAAUGACAAUAGAUCUUGUGACCACAGCUAUGCCAUAUCUAAGUUUGGGGGGGCUGGGGGUGGUGUUAGUGACACAGUUAUUGCAGAAGUGUUAAUAUUUUUUGGCAAUUCCUUUAUUCAGUUGGUUUCUUUUUAGUAAAGACCUAGUGUAGUUUACUUCAGAGCUGUGAAUCAUCUACCAUCAUUUUCACAUGCCCAUCAUGCUGUGUGAGGUAGACUUGAUGAACCUCAGUUUCAGAUUUUAAAACACCAAAGAAAAGUGCAAUCUUGGUACUACUGUUUUACACAUACUGAUGAGGUCUAAUUAUAGAUUGUUACAAUAGUUUGACCAAGAAUAGCAUUUAACUCGGCUUGAAUUUUAAAAAGUAAUAAGCUAUAUGUCCUUCAUAUUGCCAUACAUUGUAUUCAAAUUUGAAAUAAUUUUAAGCAUGGCAGAAAUUUGUUCCUACAGUGUAUUGCUCUAAAUAGGUAUUUGAGUUUAUGCAUGAAUAUGGAUGAGGGCAGACGUAGUGGUCAUGAAUAAUUCAUUUAUCACUCCACUGACUCCACAGCUUUCAGAUGCUACAGCACAAAUAAGCUGUGUGGGGCGUUCUGGCCAGUGGCCACUUGCUGUGAGGACAUGGGCCUUAUCUGCUUUCACAUGUGAGCAAGUUACCCUCCAAGUUGUGCCACGUAAUAUGUGUGCAGGUGUUCGGUUUUGCCUUUUUAGGGGUAUUGAGAGGUGUCUGUUCCCUGGUUCUGGAGAGCCAGUGUAUAUAGACUUAUACCCUAAUUCACAUGCUGGUCGUUUACUCUGUUUUGACUGUGGAGACGGUGGCUCUUCAUGGUGCUGGUCUUCUGUCAACAUCCUUGAAUUUUCUGCCUCUGGAUCCCACUAGUAAUAAAAGAGGGGUCAGUGUUAAAUGUGACCACAAGAUGGCUCUCAUUAAAAUGGAAUAUAAGAAUAUUCCUCAUCUUCAUCUGCAUGGUUCUGGAAUUAGCAUUUUCUCUUAUUAGUAUCUGAGUCACUGUCUGCAAGUGCAUCCUGAAGACAUUAGUCUCACUGAUUUCAGUAGCCUAGAGCUAUGGGCUAUGGACGUUUCAUUUUCAAUUGUUUGUUUAAAAUUGUUAAACUCUGCAUAGUGUAUCAUUGGAUCUGAACAGCCACAGAAUGUAAAUUUUAUAUUUACGAUCUCAUUUUUCCUCAGCUAAAAUGCUGUCGUCCCCCACUCCUACAAAAGCAUGUAGUCGUUGCAACAGUAAUGUUAAAAGAAACUGAAAGUUUGUUAGUCACCUCCUAUAUCAUAUUUGUCAGUUUGUACAUUUGUAUCCUCUUAAGAUAUCACUGGCCAGCAAACUGUAUGUUUAUCUGCUUGGGAUGAUGAAGACACAGCUGCCAUGUUAUCAGCCGCAGAGGUUUCUGGCUUUUAUUUAUUUUUUUAUAACUGGAAUGUUUUGACUAUCAGAAAUCAUUGAACUCUGCUCCUCAAAGUUCUGUCAGACGACUUUAAGAUGCCUGUCAAAUUCUAUGGGCUUUGAGAUUUCUGUAGUGUAGGUAGCAUUUUACUUUAAAAAAAAAAAAAUGUACAACUUCCUUUCUGCAUAUGAUUUUCAUUUAUUGACUUCAAAGCCUUAUCUUCACUAAAUGAACACUAAAGAGUUCCAGGUUAUCUGAAUAUGCUAAUACAGUUGAGCACGCAUGCAUAUAUUUGCAUACGGAUUGCGCUGCAGCUGUAAAUGUAGCCUUCCAUGUUAACUGUCUAGGAUGCUGCAUGUUGUGCUGCGUAGCUGUUUUGCCAGAAGUUGUGUUAAUGCAGGAUUUUGCAUUUCAUAAACAGGAACAAAAAGGUUACAAAAUGCACCUAAGAACACAUGUAUAUUGAUUUGAACAGUAAUUAAUUUACAAUUUUGACUCCUGUAGAAUGUCAAAAGGAUGUGGAACUUUAAGUGCAAUUAAUCAGCUUGUUAAAUAGGUUUGCUGAUUUUGUAAUUGUGAUUUCUGUUAAUGCUAAUUUAUACAUGAGAAUAAUAUUAAUUGGCACUAUGUGUAAACAGAUACAUUUUGAAGCAUAUAAUGAAGUUAGAAAAAUCAAGUAGCUGAUUCAGUUGGAAAAUACCAUUGCUUUUAAAAGCAUAGCUGCUUAGCUGUGGAUCACAGCCACAAAACGUUUCACCUUUGCUGCAGUUACUCAGUCCCCCUGGAUCCACAUCAAUGUGGAUGUAUGAUUUUACUUCUGUACUUGACUGUUUCCUUUUUAUAAUGUACACUGAAAACUGCUUUUCUGAAUAAACAUAACAUUAGUGAGAUUAGGCUUCUACAGACCUGGUCUGCUGCGAUGCUAUGGUUAGCCAAUCACAGAAGGUGGUAGGUGCUGGUGUUUGAAACAGUGCUCUCUGUAACUUAAGGUGAAAUCUACUCAUUUAGACAAUAAUAUAAAUGGUGACCAUGGGGGGGGGGAACUACAGACUUAUUACUGUUCAGUCUUGCAUGGUGUGCAGAUGGCAAAUGCCUGUGUUAUGGCUGGACAUGGAUUGCUGUGCUAUAGGGCUGGACAGGCCUUUGCUGGCCCAUGGGUAGGCUCUCGAUGUCAGUGUAUAGGUGGGUUACGCUGCCACCCCCCGGUCACCCUGGCUACCGGUGCUGCGUGCCAUCAGCAUCUCUCUCGCCCGUUCACUCUCUCUGCUGUUAUUUGGACUCACACCCACUUCCUCACCAUGAGGCUGGGUUAGAAUCAGUCUUGUUAUCCAAUUAAUAUGGUAAUGAGCUGAUAAAUAUUUAUGACAGAUUUAAAUUAUGCAGAAAGCUUUCUGUCCUUUAUGCGAAAUGAAUCGCUCGCAAGACUUCAAAGCACUCGCACCACACUAACGAGCGCGGAAAAUUUGCAUAGGACUUUAAUCAGCUGCAUACUGAUUAUGCCUCAUUACUGAAAGUGGCAGCUGCAGUCUUUGUCUGGCUUAUUCCAGCGAAGAGGAACUUUUUUGCACUUGGGCUGCCAUAACAUCCGAGAGAAGCAGAGGAGGUGCUCGUGCAUCCACAGAGCCAAAGGCUGUUUGAGACUCCCCUCUGCUGGGUCGCUCUAUACUCCCCUUUAACGAUACCCGCAUCUUAGAGCUGGCUGGGAGCUGUCCUGUACUCCUCUAUGCUUGUGACAGAGUCAGGAAUGAGCAGUCCGUCUGAAUCAAGCAAAGGAGCCAUGGGCAAUGGCGAAGGAAGCCCGGGGCUACGGACAAACGGAGUGGACUUCGAGAGACGGAGUGUGCAGACAGACUCUGUCAGCAGUACCAACACACAGACCCUGCUGCAACAGUCCAAGUCUGCAGAUGCAGCAGAACCCCCGCCCACCAUCCAGUUGGGGGCGCUGCCUCAGGCUCAGCUUAUGUUAGCUGGGGGACAGAUCACUGGAUUGACGCUGACCCCAGCACAGCAGCAGCUCCUGAUCCAGCAAGCACAAGCGCAGCUUCUGGCUGCAGCGGUGCAGCACUCGGCCAGCCAGCAGAGCAGCACCACAGGAGCUGCCAUUUCUGCCUCUGCAGCCACGCCCAUCACUCUCUCCCAGCCCAUCCAGAUCACACCAGAUUUCCAGCAGCUACAGCAGCUGCAGCAGCAGAACUUAAAUCUGCAGCAGUUCGUGCUGGUGCAGCCGGGCCACCCUAUCGCCACGCAGCUGCAGCCGGCGCAGUUCAUCAUCUCGCAGACGGCUCAGGGGCAACAGAAUAUUCUGCAAGCCCAGAAUCUGCUAACACAACUACCUCAAAGCCAAGGCAAUCUGCUGCCGGCUCAGACAAGCAUCGCCAUCAGCACUCAGCCAGCGACACCUACACGCACAAUCGCAGCUGCACCUGUGCAGGCGAUCAACCACGUAACACCAAAGCGCAUAGACACGCCCACUUUAGAGGAGCCCAGCGACCUGGAGGAGCUUGAGCAGUUUGCCAAGACAUUCAAGCAGAGGAGAAUCAAGCUGGGAUUCACUCAGGGGGAUGUCGGCCUUGCCAUGGGCAAGCUGUAUGGGAAUGACUUCAGUCAGACCACGAUCUCCCGCUUCGAAGCCCUGAACCUGAGUUUCAAAAACAUGUGCAAGCUGAAGCCGCUGCUGGAGAAGUGGCUUAACGAUGCAGAGAACCUCAACUCAGACCCCUCCCUGUCCAGCCCCAGCGCCCUUGGCUCACCGAGUCUGGGCAUGGAGGGUACCAACCGGCGCCGCAAGAAGCGGACCAGCAUUGAGACCAACAUUCGAGUGGCCUUAGAAAAGAGUUUUCAGGAGCAGAACCAAAAACCUACCUCUGAGGAGAUCACCAUGAUCGCCGAUCAACUGAAUAUGGAGAAGGAGGUUAUCCGCGUUUGGUUCUGCAACCGCCGGCAGAAGGAGAAGAGGAUCAACCCACCAAGCAAUGCCAGCACUGGAAACACAGCAGUUAAAGCAGUGUUUGCUCCUUCCAACCCUGUGGUGUCGAGCACGGCCAGCCUAGUGACCAGCGCAGCCCCCGUCUCGCUGGCUGGAAACCUGCCCCCAGCACUGACCAGCACAGCCGCCUCCAGCCUCGCCUUCACAGGCCCGACCCUCGGGGCAGCGACUACAAACACCGCGUCUGUCAUAUCAACGGUUACUAUGACGACAUGCACAGCGACACCCUCGUUCGGGGAGGGAGGCCGGCCCCAGAAGACGGCGGUGGUGACUCAGGUGCCGGCAGCUUCCAGCUCGACCUCGCAGGUGAUGAUGGCGACGCCCGGGCUGCCGGCCGCCCUGCAAAGUGCCGCCAUGGCUGCCGCGGCUGCGGGCCUGGGCCCGGGGCUCGUGGCGUCCCCGCAGUUCACACCAGGGGGGGCGUUGCUGAGCCUGGCUCCUGGAGGCCUGGGAAGCGCUCUGAGUCCGGCCUUGAUGAGUAACAGCACCCUUGCCACCAUUCAAGCCCUGGCAUCCAGUGGGACUCUGCCGAUAUCCGUCGAUGGAAAUGGGAACCUGUUGUUUGCGAAUGCUAGUGCCGGAACCACCAACCUGGUACCUGCUCCACUUUUCCUGAACCCACAGAACUUGUCCCUGCUGACUAGCAACCCAAUCAGCUUAGUGUCUGCGAGCGGGGCUGUGGGGGGAGCUGGAAGCGGGGCCCUCAACCUGCAGGUCGCCUCUGUUCCCCAUGGCGAUUCCCACCACGGCACGGUGACCUCCACCAAGGCCCAGUAAAGACCGUACUGACUGAUCUGCUGCCACCAAGAGCGAAGCCUGUGCUGGACGUCCCUCCUGCUGUUUUUCCGUGAGCUUCAGGCCUAAAGACACAUCCUGGGUCUUCAUGCUUGAUUGUGUGGUUCUUGGCAUGUAGGAACUUCUUGGGUCUUUUUUGCAAAGACUGCUACUGAAAGAAACGUAGGCAAUUCUAAUCUAAGAAGAUCAACUGCAUUGACAUAUUUACAGAAGUAAUUAUUAUUGUACUGAUUAUCUGUCUCACAUAUGGAGGGUGGGUGAAACUUUUAUAUAGAAGCUUUUCAGUGUUCACUGCUGUGCGUGCUGAAGAGGCUAUGAGUGUGUGUGUGUGUGUGUGUGUGUGUUGACUUUCUUAGUGAAUUUUUUUAGCUUUAUAUUGUCCUUAACUGAAACCUUAAACACGGUUAGAAGGCUUUAAGCUUACAGGGAGCUGUGUUCUUGCUUGGGCUCGUUUUACUGUAAGGAAUCGUGCUAUUCAACAUGUGUCUCUCUAAAACACUGGUACUGCAGGAGUUUGCAUGAAUUAAUAGGGUGGUGAGGACAAUAGACAACACUGAUUUUUGUACUCUAAUUGUGAGAGCUUUACAGGAAGCUGACGUGCUGUGGUUUUGACUGUCGUAACUGGCACAGGGAGCGCUGGUGGCGGCGCUCUCCAUCCUCAUGCCUUAAGGUCCUUUGUGCGGCCUCUCAGCGCAGGUGUCGCUCCUGGCCUUUUGGGUCUGGCCCGACGCUUCGGGGCCGUUCUGUGCCCAGAACCCGAGGACCAUGUUGGCACCAGCUGCUCUGUGGCUCAUUGAUCUCUCUACUCUUUAACCAGCUUCUAUUCAGAUACCAAAAAUAUCACGUGUCUGUAUGUUUCUGUAGAUUAGCAUAAAAGUGUCUAUUAGGAGAAUCCCUACUUGGGUCAUGACUGAUAAUGCAAUACUGUCAUGACACUUUCCAAAGACUGAUGGGCGAAAUACUUUAGUUUCCAUGUGAGGAGGUGUGUGUGUGUGUGUGUAUGUGUGUGUGUGUGUGUGUGUGUGUGUGUGUGACAGAGAGAGAGAGCGAGAGAGAGAGAAUUAGUGCAUUAAAGCAAACCGUAGGGAGGAGAUGCUUAAUGAGCUUGGAUUACUGGUCAGGCACAUUUUUAUGCUUGAUUUUUAAAGAAAUGUUUGAAACCUUAACGUCCACUCCAUGUGAUAAUAAAACUGCAUGUGUGUAUUGACUUUUUUUUUUCUUUCUAGAACAACAGUCUGUCGUGUGCUCUGUAUCAGUCUGUUCUACAUUGGACUGACUCUAACUUUGUGAACCAUGGUCAGGCUUUUGUGGAGCUGUUUUUUUUCCCCUUCCCUUACAAACUUUAGCCACCAAACGAAAGCUUGAACCAAAGUUGUUCCCUUUUGCUGCUGCUGCUUUGUCUGGUCUGUCUGUCUGUCUGUCUGUCUGUCUGUCUGUCUCUGUCUGUCUGUCUAAGGAUGUUACUGUGUGACCAUGAUUAAGACUUCACCACUGUAUAAACAUCUGACUACUUAUCUUUCAUUUAAACGUUUUUUUCAAGAAAUUGGUGUUGGUAACUAGUAUCUAGCUCUAAACCAAUUUGCGUCGCACCACCAGGUGGAGUGUCUCUAUGGGCCAGUACCCCCCCCCCCCUCCCAUGUUGUGUCUCCUAUCACUACUACUGCAUUAGUGUGGUUUUCUCAGUAGAUUCAGACUGAGUAAUGAUGUAGAGGUCUUGCUUAUCACAGGACAGGUUGUGUAUGUAUUAGAGAUGCACCGAUUGUAACGGCCAGCUAUCAGUAUCGGCCAAUACAGCAACAAUUAGCCAUCAGUGAAUCAUUGUAAAUGAGCCGAUAUUUCCCACUUAUAAUUCCCCAUAUUGUUUUGCAUGCCUGCGUACUAAACGGUAAGAAAAAUGUCUGCUGUGUGGAAUUUUAUUGUUCACAAAGUCAUUAGACCUUAGAAAUGUAUUUUGCAAACAUUGCUCUGCUAAACUUUCACGAGGAGGAUCCAUUAAUAACCAUUUCAAUGCAGUAAAUUUGAUUGCUCUUCUUAAGGUGGGACAGUGAAGAGUAACAAAUCCGCUCCUAUAAAGAAGGCUGCUGUACAGCCAAAUAACGUUAUUCCAUCAGUAGUGCGAGCAUUUAAUGGCAAAAAUAAUCCGUGCAGACAGUGUGAAGUCAAAAGAUAAUAGGAAAAUUAUGGAAUUAAUCACACUUGAUUGGUCAGCCCUUCUGUUUAUAAAUGUUAUAAAUAUGUAAGAUGUAUACAGUUAGAAAAUAUAGUGCUCUGGGACUAUUGUAUGCCAGAGUUGGUGGGAAAAUACUUAUUCAUGCUUUUGGAAUGUAACUUAUUUAUUUUUUUAAUUUAUUUGGGUGGAAUGUCCUUUAAACUUAUUUAAGCAGAACCUCCCAAACAAUCGGUAUCGGUAAUGUCAGUUUUCUAAAUAACUGGCUAUUGGUAUCAGCCAGAAAUGUCCUUAUCGGUGCAUCGCUAGUAUGUAUCUGAGAUAGCUAGUGGUUUACUGGAAAAAUACAGCAAAUUCCAGCGGCCAGUAAAUUAGAAAAAAAGUAUUGGUAAUUCCCUGUAUUUAAAUUAAGGUUUUCACUUAUUAAAUAUGGUGAUUUGUAAAUAAUGAUGUGUUAGUGUUUGUCACAGUUCCAGCUGCCUUGCCGUGACGCUUUGCGGGGACAUGGCCUGGUUCAUGGAGCCUUCAGUUGAUGGCUGAGUUCCUGACCUCCUGUAGGCUGGUAAUUAACAAGGAAACAGACUCUAAAGCCACUGGUCUUAACAUGUGAAGAUACUCUUCCUUUUUUUUAUUCUUUUGAUAGAAAUGAAUAACAAUCAGUUUUUCUAGCCUUUGAAAUUUCGUUGUAUUAUUUCCUUGGCUUUGACCCCUAACCCUUCAGAAUUGCCAUUUAAUGAUUCCAUCACCAUAUAUGCUUGUAAGGGGUACAUUUCUUGGUGUGGAUGCUUUCACACACUGCAGUGGUGCGUGAUCUUUGGCUGAUCGUCAAUAUGGUGUAACUGGAUGAUAGGUGGGAUUAGGGUUGCAAAGAGGCAGAAUAUUUAGGGAAGCUUUCCAUGGGAAGUUAAGAUGGGGAAUUUUGGAAAUCUAGAGCCCCAUGGGACUCUGCACAAGCUGUCAGAUGUGGCAAAGAAAGCAAACUAUAUAAUAUGUCUUAUAAGCAGUGCGUUUUAAUGCGUAUGCUUGUUUUGGGAUGUUUCUGCAUAUACAAUUACAAGCGCUUGGUCACAGAGUGAUAGCAUUAUUAUUGCCAUCAAGAUGAUUUUUUUUCCCCCAACUACAACUACGUUUAUGUUUCCUGUUAUAGGCUGAUCUGCAGUUUUGAAAUUUUCCAGUUUAUUCCUAGUAAUUCCAAUAUAUUCCCAUUAAUUCACAUAGAAUGUUUCUCAGAAUUUUGCCUGCAAGAAAGGUUAGGGAUAAAUGGAAGUUAAUCAUGGUGGAAGGGGAAGCAUGAGGCCGUGAAGAUCUUCAUAAAGCUGGCUGAGUGUGUCUGAGGUGUCCUUUCAAAUGUACUACAAGUUCUGGGCUGGGGAUGCGUGUGGAGUGCCACCUCGUCGGUGCCUGUGUGGGGAGGCCCCUUCAUAAAUGACCGCUGACUGAGGUGUGAAUGUCGAAUGUCGGCAGCACUCCGUUCACUAUACCCUUUCACCAUUACAUCCCCUUGUGCUGCCUUUUUCUGUUAGGUAGCUAUAGCACUGUCGUGGACUUGUUCAUUUCUACUAAUGUAUGACAAUCCUUCUGAUGUGGCGUCUUCAUUUCUUGCUGAAUGUAUACGUAAGGGUGUGUGUGUGUGUGUCCAUCCUCAAGCUUCAGAGAAAACCAAAGACGUCAGCGUGUCCCCGGUCCUGGCCUUCCUGUGACAGAUACCAAAACGUCACCUUGCUGUCUGCUUGGGGUUGUGUGUGGUUGUGUUCUGGAAUACACAGUUUGUCCGUCACCGCUCCCCGUCCCUCACGUUUGCUCCCAGAGUGUGCUUCGUUUUGGCCGUAUAGCUAUGCAUCGUGCUCCAGGGCUGGACUCGGUCUGUCUCGGCACAGCUGUAAAGAGACCUCUGUCACUUUCCUGUUUGUGUGUUGCCUUUCUGGGGAGCUAAACGUGGGUGGGAGGGUCCUACACACUUUGUGCCGGAGCAAAAACCCAAAUGAAACGAGUGGACCGGCCGCCCUGCCUGCCGCACAUACCAAAGAUGGCCCAGCCCGCUGAGUUCACUCUGGGGAGGGCAGCCUAUUCCAAAGUUUUAGUCUUUAUUUUGGUACAUUUCUAGGACACUUGAGGAGGGGUGGGACAAUUUAAAACCCCCUUGUUGAUUUUGGUGUAAAGCGCUUUCCUGUCAUAGCAUGCAGUUUAAAUACAAAGUUGUCGUACUCUUGUUGGGGGAAGACUGGCCUUUUGUACUGGAUAUAUAUCGGCUAAGUUUCAAGUUCCAUUUUCCUGGGAGUCAUCAUUUUAAAAUGUAAACACAAGCUGUACAUAUUUCUUAAGUUGUUACUUUUAGAUGAUCAUUCUGACAGUUAAUUGUGUGAGGCUGUUCUACCUUUACUAUAUUUUGACUUAAGCUUUUGCCAUUUUUUCUUUCUGCUCAUACCUGCUGUGUAGCUUACACUGUUGUCAUGGUGACCCUUGAGUGACAGGUGUAAGAGUUACACCAUAAAAGGGGAGGGGGCAGGAUAUAUUUGUCCCUUUCAUCACACUGCUGUUGCUCAUGUUGGUUGCUAUGGGGACAAAUGCCUUUGGCCUCCAAUUAUAAAGCAACUCAGACAUAAAGGGUUAAAAUCUGGGCAGGACUAUUAGAAAUAUGAAUUUGGGUAUAUACAUUGAUGUUUGUCUGCUGUAUUUUGUUUUUAUAUAUGAAUUCUUACUGUAACUGUACAGUAUACUUACUGUAAACGUUAAACCAUUUUCCAGUCUUUGUAAAGGUGUCUCCUUGAUAGUGAAAUUCUUUUAUAAUUAAAAUCUAAUUAAAAUUCUUUGAUACACAUA